AUACAUUUUACUUUUAAAUGGUUGAAAUUGUUCACUAUCAAGUCUUUAGUGCUCAUCCUCUUCGUAGCCAUCGGGAAGGGGGUUGGCGUGUGGGUUGUGAAACAAAGAUUUGUUUCCAUCUCCCCAUGGAAAACGUUUGGUCCUUAUUCUCAUAUGUUCGUAUUUUACAAAUUCGGGACGUUCGUGGUGACCGCUUUGAUGAGACAGGUAACAAUUCACUGCACACAGUAUAAUCGAGGGGAAGGCUACGAAAAAAGUUAGAUUUUUCCAAACCUUGAAUCCGCCUUCAUGCAUUCCAGAUACGGCAGAAGGGCCUUCUAUUUGCGCGGCUCUUCUCGCAGAAGUCUGCAUAAAUCUGCGGAUACCUUGGUUUAGAACGUAAGCCAUUUUCAGCUGAAAUGUAUUCAAAACUAGAAUUUUUAGAAAAUUAUAUAAUUCACCAGAACUUACGUCUUUUUUCUUUAAGUUGACAACUGACAACCAAAUCAAUAUUGAUUAUCCACUUUUUAGCGAGUCUCAUUUGAAAUGUACAAGACCAAUUUGACGUCUACCUCGUUACUGCAUUUUUGUUAGAUUGUAUGGCUACCCUUGACGUUGUCUCUCCUUGAUAUUUCCAAAUUCCUUUGGCUGUAUGCAUGAACGCAGAAGUAAAUGAUCUGUGGAACGCAGGAACGUAAUCGUGACGUUAGACGUUAAGCAGACAUCUUGUUUAUGUUUAUAAAUAAACAGAAGGCAUAAUCUACUAAAUAAAACACGCUUUCUUAUUAGUUUUAAUUGUGAAUGUAGAUUUAAAUCUUAUUUAAUUACUCGUAUAUCAAAUUACACAGGUUUCUUACAAAAAAAUUACUUCUGCGAUUCUGAAAUGUCGGAUCCGGAAAAUAGUAAUAAGCUUUUAGCCCCCUUUGAGUACGACGUUGAUAUUGGUCUUUUGAUAAAAUUGGUUCAGAACUUUCCCUAUUUAUAUAACAACCGGCUAGUGGAAUUCAAAAAUAUAACUUUGAAGGAACGAACUUGGAGUAAAAUUGCAAUUACACUUAAAGCUCCAGUUGAAGACUGUCGACGAGUAUGGAAAAACGUCCGAGACAAAUAUGGCAAAGAAACACGCCACUAUAUGGAACAUCCAGGCAGCUCAAAAUGGGAGUUUUAUGACAGCUUGCAUUUCCUAAAACACGUUAUAAAACGAAGGAGACGGGCUAGAAAGAACGCUCGAAGAUUUCAAUGCAACAAAAUUGAAUAUAAAGAAGAAAGUACAGAAGAAGCUAGUAAUGAUUCGCAUGCCAAGAAAACCAUUUGGGAACCAAUUGAAGUUGCUUUUUCUCCAAAAGAUAUUUCAAUUUUAGAGAGUGAGGUAGAGGAUAAUUUAGACACUGAAGAAAUUACAUUGAAUGGCGAUAUGAUAGACGAGUUACCUAUAAAACAGAUCAGUGAACAUGAAGAUACAGUCAACAUUGUGCGAUAUCAGACCUCUGAAGAAGCUUUCGGGGCGUACGUAGCUUCAAGACUCCUGGACUUCGACAUCAACGUCAGGCAAUCAAAGAAAGUGAAAAUAUUUAAAAUUUUAGAAGAUUUGGACGAAUUAUGCUGACAUAUAGGCAUAUAUUUAUUGUUAAUGCAGGUUAAGUUUAUAAAAUGUAAUAUAAUGUAUAUAU